AUGGUGCCUGAUAACAAGAAGAUUAGCCAGUUAUAUAAUGAGAUGCUGAAACCUCUCACAUUAUUUCCCACACAAAUUAAUACAGGGACGACGGAGAAGGAAGAUGACACUUACAUAUGUUUUUUAACCACUGAUGAUGUGCUUAUGUCAAAAAAUACCCCAGAUGCUAUGUGCGAAUUAAUCAGAAGAAGGCUGAGUAGAAUAUCAGCAUUGAAUACUGGUUCAAUGGAAGUACAGAAAAUAUUUGAGGAGAUUAUUCUAAGUGAAGUAAAAUGUGUCUGUGAUAGCAUCCCGCACGUUGUAUACACUGCAUUACUGACUGCAAGCGAAAAAAAAUAUCUACAUCAGCGCCUCAUUUCCCAUAUUGUGAUUGUUUCUGAGCAGCUGUUUUUCUGCUACUUACAUAAAGUGGAAUGGAAUAAAAUGCAGUCUGUUUUUUCUGACGAAGCUAAUUUAACACGUCUCAAAGCUCAGCUGCUACUUGAUUGCUCUAAAUUUCUGAAUUUAUUUUCAGUCACAAGACAUCUGAUUUCUGAAUUAAAGGAGCUAGAAGGUAAAGAACUAAUAUACAACGAUCUUGAUGACGUACUAAAGAGGAGUUUUUUUCAUUCUCAACAUAUAAAUGAGAAAAGAAUUCCUUUGAACAGUUACAAACCACAUUUUACUAUGGGAUACUUCAUUAACCUUGGCAGACCCGAUGUUGCUGUUCAUACAGUCCAAAGAGAAGCAGAUCUAAUGCAGAUUGAGAAGAUACAGCAUCUAGAUUUCAAAAAAGUACACAGCUAUAUUACCAAGCAAGAAGAUAACAGCGAACAUUUAAACAAAAAUCAUUGUGAAGCAGUUACAACUCCUUGUCCUUACACUCAUUCAGAGGACAAAGAGGUAGAGGAUGACAGCUGUCCUGACAAAACAACAAAUAUGAAGAAGUGCACAUCUUGUCCUGAUCUGAGAAUUGGAGACUUGCUAAGUGAUGAGUUACAUCUUAUUGUAAAAGCACGAGCAUCUGAAUGUCCAGAGAGUCUCAAUACAGCAGGAAGCUCAAUAUUUGAAGGGAAUGUUGUGGAAGAUGAUCUCAAAAGGUUGAUGCAAGCUUCCACUGUGCCAAGUCUACACAAAGGAAAAGAUGACGUUAAUUCUGAUGACGAGAUCCCACCUUUAAUACAAGCACAAUGCCACAAAGGCAGUCCAUUCAAACUUCAGAAAAUGGAAGCGUUACUACAGGACUCAAAUACAAGAACAGUGCAACCUGAAGAGAAAAAAGUGGUUAAAACAUCCCCUCAUCCUCAGGCUUAUUCCGUUGAUGUCAAAAUCCCAAACAAGCCAUUAAUGAGGAGAGCUGAGGUUCAGGCAUCUGAACGGAUUUUCAAAGAUUUAGUUGAGAUUCAAAAAUAUCUUCCUGUGUAUAAUGAUUUCACAUCUGAGAUUGAGCCUGCUACUGUAAAAAGACUGGAUUCAAAUCUAAUUGUUGGGCAAGAUCUCCAUGAAGUGUAUGGUGAACUUUCAAUGAAUCUUCAGAAGGAUUACCUCAGCUUUGAUCAGGAUUUGUUAACAGAACCCUUUGCUACAAAAGUUGACUUCUCUAAAUGUGUUAGCUCAUCAACAUUGAACAGAAAUAAAAAUCAGCGUGUGAUAAAUACAAGUCUGGACUCUCUAGCUUUAAUUGACAAGAAUAAAAGUACAGAGCAACCUGUAACUUUGGACAAGGAGGCUACACGGAUAUGUAAUUCUUGGCUUGUUUGGUGGAAGUCAGUAGUUAACGUGGAUGAUUAUAUAAAGUAUCUGUCUACCCAGGAUGUGGACUAUCUGAAAGUGAUAUACCAUUUAUAUAGUGAUGAAUCUGAAGAAGAAGAACAAGUUAAAAUUGCUUUGUUGAAGAAACAAGAAGAGCAGAAAAGGGAACGAACAAAAAAGAUUGCUGACCUUAGAGCUCAAAAGCAAAAUCAAAUACCUGGCAUGUGGAAUGUUAACAGCAUCCUCCUUGGCGGUCUUGGGACAGAUCCUGUUCUUUCAGAUGAGGAACAUGAAUCUGAGAAAAUGGAAACCCCUUGUCAGAUGUCAACAAAUGCAUCUCCUGAUUUUUACCAGAAGAGGAUAAAUGCAGUAUGGGACAUCCUUCAUAUUCCACAUGAGCAACAACUUGAUAUGGCUGUUAAGUAUUGUUCUAAUGAAUACCAAGAUCUUCUGCCUGAGGCACUCAAAAAGUGGGAAAAAGCAUCAGCCCUAAUCCAGAAGAGAGAAGAGCUUUUGGCAAAACUAGAAAUAUUCGAGAGAGAAGCUUCUGACCCCAACAGAUUCUUUCAGAAAGGCUAUGAAGGCACUGGGAUGGCAAGACUGAAAGAGUCCAGAGAGCGGGCAAAGCUUCACUCACUAUUAGCUCAGAUGGAACCUAAAAUACUGCAAGUGCUAAUUGUAAUAAAGAAGUUAUAUAAUGACACUGUCAGUUUCCAAGGACGACCUUACGCAGAAAAAAUGCAACGAGACAAAACAGAAAUGCUCUACUGGCUACAGCAAAAUCGCCGCAAAACUUUAAUAGAAAGGGAUAUUAUAAAUUCAAUGGUCUAAAACUGAAAUGAGUCACCUGUAAAAACAAUAAACAAGGCACUUUUAAACAGAUUUUUUUUCUUUUUGCUUUGGGUGGUGCAAAACUUGUAAUAUUUUUAAGCAGAAGUAAUAAUCUCAUUUCAGAACCCAAAAACAGAGUGUGCAGUUUAGAUAUUAGAGGAUAACCCUGAUAUAAAUUAUUUAUAGAAAGGAAAUUGUAGCUCUGUAUAAAGAGAAUUGUCAGAUAAGGACAACAGAAGUGCUCUGCUCUCAUGUUGCAUUCUCAUCCACAUUGGCCCUUAUACAGUACCAGCAAUCUACUCAUUAUGUUCAAUAUUUCUGCUGCCACUUCACAGUCAUCAUGACCUGCUAGAACAGAGAAGCGCUCAUGCAGUGCAAGUAUCUGUCAGCGUUACUGACAUGGACACAUGGCAUGAAUCUGUGCUCAUAAGAAUUAGAACAUAACCUUCUGUUGCACGAAUAAACAGAUUUUUUAAUAAACUAAGAUAAAGCUAAUAUUAAAAGGGACAGUAAAAACCUUGAGAUUUUUAAAUAAAAUGUUUAGUUAUGUGUAAUGAAACAGCUUCGCAAUGUAUUUUCAUUAUUUAUUUUGCCCCCCUAUUUUUGCUCUAAAAAUUUAAGCAUUUUCUACUUCUCAGGAACAUGAAAAGCACCGUGUUGACUUAUCAAGGCUAACCCUACUACAUAUCUCACUAAUUAGCUUUAUCUGAUAACAACUGCAAAAAAGAGUACUUUAUACUAACAGUAUAUGAGUAUAUUAUGACAGUAGUUAGCCUUGUUGUUUGCAGAAUAAAGCCCAGAUUGGCUCCUCCAAAUAAGGAAAAUGGUGGGUAGAGUUUGGCUAAUGAAAAAUAAUUACAGUAAAAAGGAUGUUAAUUUGUUAAAAAUGUUAAGACUUGGCUAUGUUAUUCUGUAGCAACAAAACAAAAAUGUCUUGUAAUUACACAUUGUUUACUGUCCCUUUUAAUAAAAUGUUUAUUUUUGUCAUUA